AUGGAUGAUGAUAUUAAACAACACAUACUCGGAUAUUCAACUAAAGAAGCUUUAAUUAAGUUACGAAGUGACAUAAAUAGUGUUAUAGAAGAACACAAACAGAAGAAUCUUAAGGGAUUCGGAUUUGUUCUAAUAAAUUUUCUUGUUGCAUUUAAUGAAGAAUAUGUGUACAGAAAUGAAAUUUCAAUACGGGUAACUAAAGUAUUAGAAACUUUAAAUGUUGCAAUCAACAAGGCACUGUGGAAAGAAAAUCAUUAUCCUCAUUUGUGUGCACCAUUUUCACCAUGUGUAAUAUUACAAUGGACUUACAGAGAUGCUACAAUUGUCAAUUUACCAUGGGCACUUCUUGUGGAAGGGGAUGUAAUAGUCUUGAGACCAGGACAAGAAGUUCCAGGUCAUUGCAAAGGCCUCCAGCCAGAAGAUCCAGAGCUGUUCUUUGGGCAAAUUUUUCAGCCAGGUGUCCAGAAUAAGGAAAAUUUCACCACACCUAGAGUGCGCACACCACACCAAAAUAAAGCGUACAAAAUGCUUGAAACACCAUAUUUAAAGAAUUUAAAAUUAGCUUUGGAACAGGCUACAAAUAGACCAGUGACAGUGUUUGAGAAACAAAGAUAUUUGUGCACAGUAAAAAUAAUGGAGGGCAUAGUGUUACCACUUGUGAUUGCUAUUGUGGUGAUAGCAAGUUUCUUCCGCCAUAUGUAUCACCUACCUGGCAUCACUCAUUGGACAGAAAUCUACUUUCUGCAAACAAUAGCUGCAUCUUUACCCCUAUUGCAGAUAAUCUUUCCGAUAGCAUGGGUGACACUUAACUGUUAUGGCUUAGCAAGAUUUAAGUUGCUGUCGGAAACCCGGCAGAAGUAUAUCCGGCCGAAGUCUUGUUCCAUAUCAGAGGACGCGAGCGAUCCCCUCAUACAGGCCCUCAGUGAGUCCAAUCUAAAGCCUGACAGCCUCAGAUCCUUGGGCCGGACGUUCAUCAACAUACUCUUGGGCAGGGAGGACAUGGUCUCAAGAACUGCAAACAUUGUCCAUGUAUUGGGAUCCUUGUCUGCGCUGUGCUGCAUUGACAAGAAGGGCAUCCUCUCGUGGCCCAAUCCGACUGCCGAAAAGGUGUUCUUUCUGCGUAACUCCAGCCCGUUGUCGCAGAACUCGAGCAAGACCAGCCUCGUGGGCUCCAUGGGCCACCAGAGUCAAGCGACUCUGGACAUGGGUGAUACUAAGCCCAAUCCGGACGCGUCUACGAUCGUGGAGGUGCUCGACCUGACGCACGACCAGAACGCGCCGUUCCGCGUCGAGUUCGACGAGCAGCGGUGGCGGACGCACAUCGCCCGCCUCAAGCCGCUGGGGCUGGCGGCGCUGCUCAACACGUGCGCGCCCGCGCCGCGGCACACGUACGCGCACUUCUGCGCGCACCUCACCUGCGAGGCGCAGAACAGCGAGGACUUGGUCCCGGUGACAAAUCGCCGUUGCCUGUGCGAGCUGGCAAAGCAGAUUGGCUUCACCGACUCCGUGGCCGAAUCUUACACCGUUCAGGAUUGUCUCGCUGUCUUCAGACACUUGCAAGCCGACACGAUAAGGCGCGAGACUCGCUUCGUGCGCUCUCUGCACCUCAGCACUCGCGUCAAGGUCCCUUUGCCGCACAUGUUGGCCGUCGUCGUGAAGGACCAGGCCAACCAGUUGCAGAUGCUGACACAGGGCACGGCAGACAUUAUACUGGAUUCGUGCGUGGACUAUUGGAAUGGGAGGGACCUUACUCCUAUAUCGCCAUCGGACCGCAAGAAAAUCAUCGACUUCUACCAGAGGAACUCGCUCACUGCCUACUGUACGGCCUUCGCUUAUAAGCCGUUGACCCGCGGCAUAUCUCCGUCCCUUUCGCGCUUGUACCUCGAGCUGCCCGCGGACAGCAGACAGCUGUACGCGCCCCACUCCCAGCUGUGGGCCGACGCGCCCGCCCUGCAUUUUCACUCGACCGAUUCGCUGCUGUUCAACGAAAUAACUGAUGACGACGUCACUGACGCUGACGGAUUUUUCGACAUACAGUGCAAUCAGGUGUUCAUCGGCAUGGUGACGAUGCAGUACCAGGCGCAGAGCGACAUGGUCGAGCUGAUAGAGCGGCUGGAGCGCGCGUGCAUCCGCUUCGUGCACUUCAGCAAGGAGAACGAGCUCAGGUCGAGGGUCUUCAGCGAGAAGAUGGGCCUCGAGAGCGGCUGGAACUGCCACAUAUCGCUCAUCAGCGGCGACCCCGACAGCAAGGGGGUGUCGCCGCUGUCGUCGCAAACCCUUGCGGCGGGCAGGUCUGCCCCCGAGGGCGGCACGCAACUCACUAGGGCUGCCGGCACCCGCGAAGCAUCGCUCGGCUUCUAUAGCAACAACAUGACAUCGUCUAAGACGCUCUCGAUGUCGGCGCCCGGGGCGAUUAAUUUGGAGCACAGCACCGUAAAGUUCGACAACGAGAUAAAGAAAGCUCGGCAUUCGAUCACAACGCACAGCGGCGGUUUAAAGCGCGGCAGUAUAGCGGCGUCUCAGCAGUCGACCGACUCGCUUCUCGGCGAGUGCGAGGGGGCAGAGUCGCCGGCAGAUGCGUGCCGCUCGCUCUCCUGUCUCACCGACUCCACCGACCACUCCGCGCCCGUCAACUUCGACAUGAGCAACCGCGCAAAACUGCCGCGCGGCAUCGAGAACAUUCGUCCGCACAUAGAGCAGGUGGACAACGUGCCGCUACUCGUGUCACUUUUCACGGACUGCACUCCCAGCUCCGUUCGCCAGAUGAUACAGAUCAUGCAGGAUUACGGUGAAAUUGUAUGUGUUAUGGGCUCUGCGGCUAACUGCCUCAACAUGGAGAUAUUUAUGCAAGCCGAUGCAAGCAUUGCAGUGGAGCCCCUAUAUCCAGUGCUUUGCCAAAAGAUGCCGCCUUACCAGAUGCCACAGAAUUGCAUCGGUCCUAUACAGCUGGCUAGGGCACUCAACUCUGUACCUUGCUCCCUGUCGCUGUUGAACAAGUGGCAAAACAAGCCGCUGACAAAUUACUACAGUAGUAAGAUGACCCGGGACGCCGACGUGUCCCUCUUCGCGCUUAUCACGAUGUCCCGCCACUUCAUGAUGUGCCUGUGGAACAGCACCCAGUUCUGGAUGUGCAGCGCCUGCUUCAUAUCGCUGCUGCAGGUGGGCUCCCUCUGCUGCCUGCUGCCGCUGGCGCUGAGCGCGGGCGGCGCCGCGUGGGGCUCCUUCGCCGUGGCCGCCCUCUCGGCCGCGCUCGCCUUCGCCCCCGUGCGCGCCUCCGUCAUGCAGCGCGCCGCCACGCGCCCCCACACCGAGCUGCACCGCAGGAUGGCGAUGUUCGUGUUUUGGUGCUACGCUUGCAAGUUCCUGCCGGCGGUGAUUUUCAUACUGGCCCUCUACGGUCUCACCCUGCGCAGUUUCUGCGAGCAAAUCGCCGAGGCGACCGGAGCGACCUCGUGCUGGCUCGUGUACCCCGUGAACGUGGGCAACUCGAGCGCCGACCUGGACCUGACCGUGCGCAGCUGGCACGGCUGGGGCGACGACUUCUACGACGGGUUCUACCUCGCGCAGCACCUCACGCUGGCGCUGCUCACGCUGCACCUCGUGGUGAUAUCGCUUUCGUUCGUGCAACGGCAAUGCUCUAUCUGGCAAGGCAGCUUCUGGACCAACAAGGUGUGGCUGGCCACGGUCGUCAUAUUGUUGGCGCUGCAGGGCAGCUUCAGUGCGGCGCUGCUUAGCGGCGUUUACGGCACGUGCUCCCGCUGGGGCGUGUGCUCGCUCCGCUACGAGGUGCGGUGGCCGCUCGCCCUCGGCUACGCCCUCUCGCUCCUCGCCGUGUUCGCAAUCAACGAGCUCAUCAAGUGGCAGGAGAUCAAGGCUGACGUACGCAACCAAAGACGAGCGAGACUGGACUUCGGCACAAAGCUAGGAAUGAACUCACCUUUU